GGUAACAAUCGAGGUUGGUGUGGUAUUAGGUAAAAAUCGUCAGCUAAAAUGGCGGAAAGACGUCGACGUAGGAGACUAUCUGAGGAGGAGAGUGGUGAAGAAGUAUCAGAGGAUUCUAAAGAAGUUAAGACGCGUGAUUGUCCUUCCGAAUGCGUCAGUGAAGAUGAACAUUCAGAUGAAGUUGAAGUGUCUGAUUAUGAGAGUGUUGGUGAUGGAAAAAAAUCUACUCAGGAAGCUGAAAAUGGAGAAAAGGAAGAAGAUGAAGAAGGAGACGAUGAAGAUGAUGAAGAAGAAGAUGAUGAUGAAGAUGAGAGCGAAGAAGACAGUGAGGAAGAAAGUGAAGAAGAUAGUGAAGAAGAAUCUAGUGAAGUAGAGAGUGAAGGAGAAUAUAUAGAAGAUGGCAUUGAUGAAGAACGUCAAAGUGGUGAUGGUGAGGAACAACCAAUUGAUGAUAAAGAUAAAGAACUGGAUGAUGAUGAAGAUCGAAGGAACCCUGCUUAUGUUCCAAGACGGGGAGCUUUUUAUGAACAUGAUACUCGCAUCACUGAAGAUGCAGAGAAGGAACAGAUAAGAUUGAUACCAAAGAAGAAACUAUGGAAAGAUGAAGGGAAAUGGCAACAUGACCGUUUCCGAGAAGAUCAGCAGGCUCCAAAAUCUCGUGAAGAAUUGAUGGUUAUUUAUGGUUAUGACAUACUUGCAAGUGAUCAGCCACCUGCUGCACCUCCAAGAAUGAACAAACCCCAGAUACGCAAAUCUCAACAAAGGCAACAGCUGCAUGACUUCAUAGAUUCAAAGUGGUCUGGACAACGAAACAGCCCUGAUGUUCAAAGAAAGAAUUAUCGUAAUAAAAGAGGAUCGCGAGGUGGAACUCGUGGUCGACUUGGAGAUUAUGAAGAAAAUAGGAGAGAUUAUUUGGAAAAUAAUGGACAAGGAGAGUAUGUGGAUAAUAAACGAGAAUAUCGUGAAAUUCGACAUGAGGUAACUGAUAACCAUUGGGACCAGCCUGAAACGAGGAGAACUUGUAUUGACAAUAGAGGAGAUUCUGAAGAAAUUCCUAAACAGAACUUUGUAGAAAAAAAAUUGGAAGACACUGAAACCAAGCAGGAGGUUACUGAGAAAUGGCAGCCCUCUGAAGACAGCAAACAAGAGAUAAUUGAGAAACCUAAAGAGGAAGAGUGCCAUUUGAAAAAGGAAUCUGGUAAUGACGGGAAAGAAACUGUAGAGAUUAAAAAGGAACCUGUGGAGAUCAAACGUGAUUAUGGUGAUAACAGGCGAGAUUACAGUGAUAAUAGGCGCGAUUACAGUGAUAAUAGGCGUGAUUGCAGUGAUAAUAGGCGAGAUUAUGGUGAUAAUAGGCGAGAUCACAUCGAUAACAGGCGAAAUCAUGGUGACAAUAGGCGAGACCAUGGUGAUAACAGGCGAGACCAUGGUGAUAACAGGCGAGACCAUGGUGAUAACAGGCGAGACCAUGGUGACAAUAGACGAGAUUAUGGUGACAAUAGACGAGAUUAUGGUGAUAAUAGGCGAGAUUAUGGUGAUAACAGGCGAGAUUAUGGUGAUAACCGGCGAGAUUAUGGUGAUAACCGGCGAGAUUAUUGCGAUAACAGAAGAGAUUACGGUGAUAGCAGGAGAAAUUAUGGAAACAAUCACCGUGAAACUGUUGAUAACCGACGUGAUUUUAGUGACAACAGACGAGACUAUGGUGACAGAUCCUACAAUGGUGAAACCAAACCUAACCAUAGCUACCGUACAAAUGCUAGAGCUGGCCCACAACGUCAGUUUAGUAACCCUAGCUAUAGAAAUGAUAACGGUGAUAAUCCAAAACUGGAUUCUGAAAAUUCAACAACUUAUGGAUUUAGAAAAAGUCCUGAAAACAACAAUAAUUUUAAAACCCAUGAAAAUAGAGUCUAUAAAACUAACUAUGAAAAUGGACACAGAAACAUUGUUGACAACAGAGCUUACAGGAAUACAGAGAGCAACAACUACUGUCAUAGGAAUAAUUACGAAAAUAAAAAGAGGACUCCUGAUCGGAACUUCUCCCAUGAAGAAGUUCAUGAUUCCAUACCAAAACAAAAAGGUGCUGUGUUGAAUAAUGUUGAAUUCAGUGGAUCAGUUGUUACUGCCAAUAAUAGCAUGGAAAAAAAAUCUUACUCUAAGGACAGGCGUAUAAAAGGAAUUACACGUACACGUGUGCCAGCAGCACCACUUCCUGAAAAUAUGGAAGACCCUGAACGGAAUUCUUUCAAUUUAGAAGCCAUACCUGCAGAUAACAAAUCAGAUCUGGGUGGUAAUGCUUCCAAGACAGAAAAUGUCUCUCGUCCUAAGAGAUAUUCAACACAGCGUCAAAGGAAUGUACCAGAAGUAAACUACCCAGAGCAGAUACCAGUUGAAGGAACUACAUACUAUAGCCCAAAUUUUACCCAAGGUCCACCACACAUAUUUCAUCCUGAACAAGGUCCACCUACUCAUCAGGACGGAGCAGCGUUCCAGCCUACCAUGUUACAGGCUCCUACCCCUAUCCCUUACACAUUACCAGUUUCUACCACUGGCAUUCCUUCAGCUCCACGUAUGUUUGGUCCUGCACCAGUGCCUGUGAGUAUUCCUACUGCUCCUCCUGCCAUGUUGCCUCCACAGUAUAUUGGGGCUGGGAUGAUAUAUGGAGCCCCACCACAUGGUCCCUAUCAAGUUCCAGUGAUGCCUGGUUAUCAAUCACCACCACCCUCUACUCAUUCACAGACUUCAGCUUUAUCAGAAAUGUUCAGAGGAGGCACCACCUAUUAUUCAACUGAUUUACAACAACCAAGCCCCAGCCGAUCACCAGUUCGCAGGCAUAAAUCGGCUAUCCCUAUUAUUGACCCUCAAGAUGUAAAAAUUCAAAAAUCCCAAAGUGCCAACAGCUCUACUCCAGGUGAGACCACCACAUCUGCUGCAGAGAGCAACAGUUCAGAAGCUCCCUCUAAUUUUGCAGCUGAAUCAAAUGGUAGUCACAGCAAAGAUCUAAUAGUGAACUCAUCCUCCACUAGUGAUUCAACUUGUACUUCAACAACAGUAGCUAGUGGCGGGAAAAGUAUAGAGGAAACGAAUUCUACUCCAUUGAACACAGCUCACAAGCAAGUUGAGCUUGCUGAAACAUGUACAAAUGAACAGACAACACAGCCAAUAUUAGAGGCUGCAGCUUAGAAUUUAUUACCAUCAUUAUUAUAUUUUGUGAAAUAUUUGGACAAGAUCAGCUAUUGUUUUCUAUCAAUUGUGCUUUCAGAAAAUACAGAUUAGAUUUAUACUGGUUCUUUUCACCAGAAUUGAUCUUUUUUUUACAAAUUCUGCUCACAUAUGAUGUAUUAAAAAAAAUAAGCAUAAAAAACAAAUUUCCAUUGUCGGUACACUUGGUGCUUUGUGAACAUUUUCUAUGAAUGGGAUGAGAAAUGUAUGCCCCUCUCUGUCAACUAAAAUGCUGAUAUUUUGCUAUGUCAGCAGUGUGUUUGCACCCCAACCCCAGUUACUGAUAUAUUGCUUGUGCUGAUCGUGACUAGUUGUCAUUGAUCAAAAGAUUGUCGUCAUUGGUUACUAAAUCUUAAAAACAGAAAAUAUUAAAAAAAUAUGCAGAGCAAAAUCCUUUUCCCUGCUGUUCAUUUGUCUAUAAAGAUUGAUAUAAACAGAUCAACAGAUAAAAUAUUUAUUAAAAAAAAAUGAAAAAACA